GCAAACGAGCAGCUUUUACGAUACAUCGUUUUCUUAUUCCCAACCUGUAAUACUCAUCGUGUCCAGCAGACGCGUCGUCCAACCGGUGUUGUGUACGCGAUCUUUCCACGACGCGCCUUAUUGACCAUUGCCCAUUGAUUGUGUUUGUUAUUAUCUUUUUUUUUUUGGCUACUGUUUGAUGCCACGCGCCUGACCCCUUUGCCUUGCUCAACAUUCGCUUAAGCGCACCGUAGAAACAAAGCUCCCGAAACAGCCACGAUCGCUUCAUCUUCGUGUUACGGUUAUCUAUUGCCGUCCUUUCGAGUGCUUUUUUGCGACCCAAUUUCUUUGCCUUCUCAGUUCAUAUUUGCUUUCUAUUAUUCGCUGUAUUAUUAUUAUAACACAAACGUUUGUGCUUGCUUCUCGUGCUGCGCGCUCCAUACACGGGUGAGCUUUUUGUUGUUAAAUAUCUGUCUAUCUUUUAGUUUCAUCGUCUUCUUGUUCUCUCUCUCAUCAUUUCGCACCUUUGCACCGAACUCGUCGCUGUUCGCCUUUUCAGUUCUUCAGUUUGCAGACGACGAAGGUAAAUACCUUCCGCCUCCACUUCCCUCCCCCCCCCCCUGCCCCUCCCACCCACACACCCACGUACCAGCGAGAAGGGAGAAAAAGAAGGAGCAGAAAGAAUGGCGUCGCGCGAUCCGUUUGACUUACAUGGCGAAGGGGUUGACCGCCCCGUCAAUGCAGAGCCGCACGACGAACAUCAUGAGUCCGGUGCCGUGCAGGACGAAGAUCAUCCUAGCCAACCCCGCGACGUUGGCGUCGAUGAUGAGCGCCACUCGAGCCAGCCGAACGAGAAUGGCAACGACCGUGAAAUUGAACAAAACGACGACAACGAGCACGACGAGGAGACGCACUCUGCCAGCCCCACCGAGAAGUACAACCAGCGUGUUGCGCGGGCCUCGACGGUGUGGCUGACGGGUCUGUUUUGCGGGCGCAGCUACGUGCCGCGUCCCAAGAAGAUUGAUGAGGCGGAGCUAAGCGAGAGCGCAAAGGAGGAGCUGCUGAUGGAGACGACGUACACGGUGCCGCGCGGGUACAAGUACUACAAGGAGGAUCUGCCGAGCAUCAUCAGCCCCAAGCCGGAGGGCAGUCUCUCGAGUGCCCUUGUUAUCCACCUGAUUCUCAACUUCGUAGCCUUCGUCUUCACGUUGGCAGCGAGCUGCCCGGUAGCGUGGUACCGCGGCCGUGACGUGGUUGUGGGGGUCGAGACCUACAAAGGGCGCAAGUUCACGCUGUGGAAGCAGCAGGGUGGGUCGCUGCCUACCUUCUCCGUCCACUCGAUGAAAAACUGCCCGAUUGAGAAACAGUUCUUCCAGACCAUCGCCGCCUCCACCAUCAUGGGCUGCUUCUUCACGGUGGUCUCGCUGAUCUUCGCUGGUGUCCGUUUCUUCGGCCGCGGUGGCUACGGCUGGAUUCUGCUGUUUAGCUUCUUGGCCUUUGGCUGGACGCUGUGCGGCAAUGCGAUGUCCAUCAGCCUCUACUACCUUUCCCGAUGCGAGUCCCCGCGCUUCUCGAACGUGGCCCACCUCAACGCUGGCUUUGCCCUCACCCUCAUCGCGUGGAUCUUCCAGCUGGCCGGCCUCCUCGCGGUGGUCUUCACGACGCGGCUGAACGUGGGGCCGGUGCUGCGGUCCCUGCGGGUGAUGGACACGUACUACAUGGUGCUGCUGCUCGUUGCCCUGGCGUUUGUCGUCAUCGCGAACGCCACGACCGUGUGGAAGCGGAAGUUCAACACGGGCGAUGUGAAGGUGGUGCGCAUCACCUACUGGCACACGGAGCUCGUCGCGCAGAACGGCACGAGUCUCUACUACGGCCGCGCCCACUACCGCUGCGGUGCCUACGGCAAGCGCAUGAAGGCGAGCAUCUCAUUUCUGAUCUUGGGGUCCAUCAUGCUCUUCAUGGCACUCAUGUUCGCCAUCCCGGCCUUCCUCGCCCGUGGCUGCCGCAUCGCGUCGAUGGUAUUUACCUGCCUCGCGGCGAUCUUCCUCAUCAUCUCGUGGGUUAUUGCAGUCGUGGUGCGGUACCGCAAGUCGUGCACGCUGCCGGUGCCCAAGAGCACUUUCGCGAACUACCCCGGCGUCCCGACCGGCGUGUUCCAUGGCAAGACGGACUUCCCCGGCUACGGCGUGCAAGAGGGCGUGAUCCUCUCCAUCAUUGCGUGGAUUCUAACGGUGGCCGCGUUCGUGCUGAACAUUGUCGUUCCGUGGCCCGAAAUCAAAAACUGA